GCUGCUGCACAGCUUUUGCAACUGAUCCUCUGCAGAGCCUUUAUGGUUCUCAGGGCUUAUGAAUUAGUAACACGGUGCUGUGCAGUUGGAGUAUCCCGCUGUAGAUCUAUUAUCAACGUUACGGUAGGAGGGGGGGAAGAAAUCUGACGUUACAGGCACACCUCCGGCUUGGAAAAGACACCAGCCGGCCGAGGAGGCACAUCAGCACCAAGGACAGGCCGAGCAGACUGGCUCCUGACGCCGCAGGACGCAGACUGUCGGUCUGCAGAUCCGGAGAUCGGACGGUGCAUCCGCAGAGAGGCGUCGCAGACAGAUACGCCUCAUUAUAUUCGCCUUCCCGAUCAGGUAAAAAAUAAAAACAUUAUAUGUCUAAGGCAUUCUGUGUGGAUUAUAUUUGAUGUGGAUUAUGCUAUAAAUGAUUCCGGAAUGAACUCGGUCACCCCGCUGAGAUUAAAGGACAUCACUGCUUUUCUCGCUCAUGUGCGGUUUUCUAAAUACAGUGCAUGUUAGCCAAGCGUUUUCUUUUUUUGAACAGAUGAUGUGGCAGCGCCUUCUCAUCCUCACAUCCUCAGAUUGCAGUCCGUGUUGCCAGGGAUACAUGAAGCCACAUCCAUAGCGCAUUUCGGGAAAGGCUGCAGCUCCGUGAGCAGGAUUCCCUCCUGUCAGAGUCACGCAGAUCACCCACUACAUGUGCACAUUGUUUCUGUGUUUCAGACCAGCUCGAUCAUGAUUCUCUGAGAGAUUUGAGCACAAGCAAGAUUUCAACAUGUCAGGCACUCAGAGGGACAACGGCCCUGCAAACUCAACAGAGGCCAAGAAAACAGACUUGAGAAUGAAUGAGAAGAAAUGCUCGUGGGCUUCCUAUAUGACAAAUUCACCAACAGUGAUCGUAAUGAUCGGCCUGCCUGCAAGAGGAAAGACCUACAUGUCAAAGAAGCUCACACGUUACCUAAACUGGAUAGGAGUCCCAACCAAAGUGUUUAACUUGGGCGUGUACCGCAGAGAGGCUGUCAGAGCUUAUAAGUCUUAUGAUUUCUUCCGUCAUGACAAUGAAGAAGCCAUGAAAAUAAGGAAGCAGUGCGCUCUGGUAGCUCUGCAGGAUGUGAAGGCGUACCUGACGGAGGAGGGAGGUCAGAUUGCAGUUUUCGAUGCAACAAACACAACAAGAGAACGACGAGACCUUAUUCAAGCUUUUGUAAAGGAGAAUGCUUUCAAGGUGUUCUUUGUGGAGUCGGUGUGCGACGACCCAGAAGUCAUUGCUGCUAAUAUUCUGGAAGUGAAAGUGUCCAGUCCAGACUACCCCGAGAGACACAGAGAGAGAGUCAUGGAUGACUUCCUGAAACGAAUUGAGUGCUACAAGGUCACUUAUCAACCAUUAGAUCCUGAUGACUAUGACAAGGACCUCUCAUUUAUCAAGGUUAUAAAUGUUGGACGGCGUUUCCUGGUGAACCGGGUGCAGGACUACAUCCAGAGCAAGAUUGUCUACUACCUCAUGAACAUCCACGUGCAUUCUCACUCCAUCUACCUGUGUCGGCACGGAGAGAGCAACCACAACAUCGAAGGACGCAUCGGAGGAGACUCUGAACUCUCCCCUCGAGGGAAACAGUUUGCCCACGCACUGCGUGAAUUCAUCGAUGAGCAUGAGCUGUCAGAUUUGAAGGUGUGGACGAGCCAGCUGAGGAGGACCAUCCAGACAGCAGAGGAGCUUGGCGUGCCUUAUGAACAGUGGAAGAUCCUCAACGAGAUUGACGCUGGUGUGUGUGAAGAGAUGACCUAUGAGAUGAUCCAGGAGACAUUCCCAGAGGAGUUUGCUUUGAGGGACCAGGACAAAUACCACUAUCGUUACCCAGGAGGAGAGUCCUACCAAGAUCUCGUCCAGCGUUUGGAGCCGGUUAUCAUGGAGUUAGAGAGACAAGGCAAUGUGUUGGUUGUCUGCCAUCAGGCUGUGAUGCGUUGUCUCCUGGCUUACUUCUUGGACAAGGGUGCAGAUGAUCUUCCAUACAUGAAGUGUCCGUUACACACAGUGCUCAAGCUCACCCCUGUCGCAUAUGGUUGUAAAGUGGAAAUGUUUUAUCUUAAUGUGGAGGCAGUAAACACACAUCGAGACCGGCCUCUUGGUAAUAUCCCGAGGGACUCUGCUAUCUUACAUCGCCGGAAUAGUUACACCCCCUUGUCCAGUCACGACCAGGUCAAGCGGCCCAGGCUCUACAGUGCAGGCAACCAGCCCUGGCUACCGCUCGCCCCCACCCCAUCAGCUCUGAUGCCAGAGGGACGGCAAAGCCAAACUCGGAUAGGAAGCGGUUGUCUGAAUCCCUGUGUGAAGGAAUCGACUUUGACAGCCCCGAAGACUCUAGUGGCUGUGUCCGCUUCUGAGUGAAGAUGAGAUCCUCAUCGCGCUGUGUGGGCAACUUCUGCUUUCGACAAGUUAGAAGUACACAUUUUGUUCGAUCAAAGGACAGUUUCUUUUAAAAUGAGGUCAACUUAUGCAUGAGAUAACACGUUCCUAUUUAUCUCAAGCUCUCUGUCAUUACUCUGCAUGCUGAGGCUUUGAACUAGAAGCCUUAUCAUUAGUAUCAUAUACACUUGUGCAUGUGCGCCAAAUGAAAUCAGUCAACCAUCGGAACAUACUGUAUUACAGAACUGGCAACUAUUUCUCAUUGUAAAUACUGCAAUGCCUUACUGAAGUUAUACAUAAUUACAAUGGAACUCAACUUUCACAACUGGAAAUCAAACAUGCUAUAAAGUAGAUGCUGUAGAAAUAUUUUUAUAAUACAAAUCCAAUCAUAUAUUAUACCGUAUAUACAAACAAUCUGUAGAUGUGAUUGUUGUCAAAUGUAUUUCUAACCCAUUAUCUGUUAUGUCUUAAUCUGAGAAUGUGUUAGUCAGGUUCUGUAGGAAAUUUACUAGCGUUCUCCUGUCUGCUUUGGAAGCAUUCUAUGUUUCUGUGUUGUUAGAAAAUGCCCCACAUUGCUGGACAUACUAUACACCAGCAGCAGGUAGAGAACUUUGCUAUCCUGAUGUGUUUGCUAGUGUCAACUGUCACAAUGAACACUUACCCUAAAUGUUCAUAUACUAUUCUUCUUGCCUGUGUAUUCUGGGAAGAGAUUUUAUGUAACAAAUGUUAGUUAUUUUUUGGCGUUUGUGUUCAUGUCAUCAUACUGGCAAUGAAUGUGUUUUAAUACUUUUUUCUUCCAGCACACAAAAUCUUUGCAUUUCAUUUAAUAAUAGGGAGUGGUCCAAGAUUAAGUCUAUGACUGUAAUGUUUGACUGUUGAUAAGUUAUUGGCCUGCUCAAAGCAACCUACUGUGCCUUUUAAGCAGACAAUAAACAUGAAUUUUGAAGGGA